AUGUAUGUUAAAAACAAAAGGGAAAUAAUCUCAGGCCGACCAGAAGAACACACUGACCCUGCAGCUGCCAGCGGCUCCUCUCCCCUCAGCCGCGGUCCCGGGCCAGAGCCGAGCACGCAGCUCCUCCGGCAGACAAAAGGAGCGCGGAGCGCGACCCCGCAGAGCUCCGCAGAGCAAAAAAAGGCAAGAGGUGAAAUAAGGUUUCUCAUCCUGAAAUCUGAAAGAUUAAUUCUUCUACCAGAAGAACCUGAGGACUUGACCCAGGAUGAUCACACAGACCUUGCUUCGAAAAUUCCGAUAAACAGCUUCCUUUCCAGAUUUUGUGUGAAGGCUGACACAGGAGAAUUUCUAGGUAAAUUGUAUUGUGAAGGUUUGCCAAAUGUGUCUCCGUUAAUUCACACAGGUCCUGAUGGAGAGAAGGCCUGGCCAAAUAAAUACCCAUUUUGUGCAGGAGUAUUCCAAUCACCAAUUGAUUUCCACGAAGAUAUUCUCCAGUAUGAUUCUAACCUCGUGCCUUUGGAAUUCAUAGGCUAUGACGUGCCCUCCACUGACCAGUUUACAUUGAUCAAUAAUGGCCAUUCAGUGAAAAUGUAUCUGUCACCUGCUAUGUCCAUCAGAAACCUCCCGUUUGAAUACACUGCAUCUCAGCUUCACCUGCACUGGGGGAACAGAAACAAGUCUGAGGGCUCUGAGCACACUGUCAGUGGGAAGCACUUUGCAGCAGAGCUGCAUAUUGUACAUUACAAUUCUGAGAAAUACCCAGAUGUAACGGCAGCAAUGGACAAAGCUGAUGGACUGGCUGUUCUGGCUGUUCUCCUGGAGAUUGGACCCUUCAACCCAUCCUAUGAAAAGAUCUUCAGGCACUUCCAGAACGUGAGAUACAAGGAUCAGAAGGUCCUGGUCCCUGGUUUCAAUAUUCAAGAGCUGCUUCCUGACAGGCUGGAUGAGUACUAUCGCUAUGAAGGAUCCCUGACAACCCCUCCCUGCUACCCGAGCGUUCUCUGGACAGUUUUCCGACACCCCGUUAAAAUUUCUCAGGAGCAGUUACUGGCACUGGAAACAGCCAUGUACUGCACAGAGAGUGAUGACCCAGAACCCUUGGAAAUGGUUGAUAACUUCAGAAACGUUCAGGAAUUCCAUGAAAGAUUGGUUUUCAUCUCCUUCCAUGAAGGUUUUGUGGUUUCUGUUGGGAUAGCCUGCAUUCUGGGAGUUCUCAUCAUUCUUGCAGUAGCCUUCUGGCUACUGAAGAAGAAAAGCAGCAAAAAGGGAGGUGAAGACAACAGAGGAGUCAUCUACAAACCAGGCACGCAAAAGGAGGAAGAAGACAUCUCCAAAAUGUGAUGCCCUGCUCUGUCACAAACGCCCCUUUUUGGUCAUAGCACUGAUUUAUUUUGGAUUGGUGAAACACAUCUUUUAUUCUUGACUAAUGACAACCCUCAAGAGAGCUCUAAACCAGCGAAAACUUUUCUGUAUCCCUUGUCCUCUUGUUUUCCAGAGAGCUGUGAUCAGUGAAUCCCCCUGAGCUGAAUUCCCCACCACAUUCUUUUCAUGUCUGCUGCUUACUGAGUCUGGGUGUUUUAAUUGACUUUACAGUUAAUCCUAAACUCCAGUUUUAUGGUUUGUUUAGCACAGGUAUUCAAAUCUGAAGACACUCAUCAAGCUACAAGUGCUCUUCCCAGCUAAAACAAGGUAUUGGUUUUAGCAGCAUGAAUAUCAACAAGAUAAAGGGCAAACUGUAUUUGACAUCACUAUCUGAACUGGGUGGUUCAGCAGAUAGAGUUUUGAAAAGCACAGGGUAUGAUGCCAGUGUGUUCGCCAAUGGAAUGGUGAUGUUAGAGGAAAAGACAAGUGUAAAUACAAUGAAAGCCACAUGGAUUAUUAAUGGGGGUCAACCUCAGGAACUCAGUGCUGAGAAAACACAACUGCUAGAGGAACAGCCUCACAAAUCUGUUAGGGAAGUAUGCCCCUCACUGUCACAGGAAUUAGAGAAGCAGGUUGUCUCCUUAUCCUGCUCUUAGCUAUAGUGUGUGUAUGAAUGAUGUGACGACAACAUGGUUGCUGCUGCCUUUAAGCAGACUUGUCAUUUAACCACAAAAUCCUGAUAGAUUUUACAGUGUAUAUUACAGCUGAAGUUACACAGUAGACUUUUUUUCUGAUUUAAUUCUCUUAGUAAUCUCAUUCCCAGAAAGAAAGCUAAACUAUCUUUUCAAACCUCAUAAAUUAGAUACUCAGAGAUUCAUGAUGCAGUUUUGGAAGUGAGAAGCGUAAACCUGAUUCCACUGCAGACAAUGUAGAACAUCACUGACUUCACACUGAAGACCAGGGUGUUUCCAACCUACCCCGAUUCAUGCAGACUUCCUCUUAAAUCUGAUAUCUACAGUGCAGAUCUGAAAUGCUUAUACUUCAGCAUGCACACAGGAAGUGGCAGACCACAGAAUUAUACUUAAAAUAACUUCAGGUCUGAAUGUUGCUGAACACUACCGGGGAAGUUUCAAUCUGAACUUUAUACUUAGAUCCCUUUUAUAUUCACUUGCAGCACCACCAGGUCUGUGAUUUUAAAGAAAUAAACUCUUACGGUACGUAUUUCCUCCUUUCAAGAUGGCAGACUCAGACUGUUUCAGCACAGAGUGUUUUAGAUUCUUCCUCUUCCAUCCCCAAGAAAACUGUGUGAUGUCAAAAGCAGGCUUUUGAGUGCAAGGAGAAAUAACUUAUUAAUACUAACUGCACAUGAAAUGUAGGAGGACAAUCUUACAACUGAGUACACUGCAUAUGCCAGCCUUUUUAUUGCACAUAAACAAGUACAUAAAGAUCAUCCUGUUGAAAUGUUUGAAAUGACUUAAAAAGCAGCAUUUGUG